UUUACCUUUACUUGGAGUAGUUUGACCUUUCUUUAAAAUCCUAACUUGUUCACUUGUUUAAGUUAUAGCUUGAGCAAAAUAUUUAAAGUAAAAAUUAUAAAAAAUGGCAUCCACAAAAUUUACAACAGUUGUGAGGUCAUUAAGCUCAUCCUCAUCCCAGGGAAUGGUCAAACCCCCAAUCAAAGUAUUUGGUAUUGAAGGGCGUUAUGCCACUGCUCUGUUUUCUGCUGGUAGCAAACAAAAUCAAUUGGAAUCUAUUGAAAAAGAUUUGAUCAAAUUUCAGACUGCAUUGAAAUCAGAUUUAGUGCUUAAGGAAUUUGUCGAUAACCCAAUUAACAAAAGGUCAUUAAAGGCUAACACAUUACAAUUGGCUGCGAAGAAACUUGCUCUUUCACCUCCGUCAUCCAAUUUUUUGAGCUUGUUGGCUGAAAAUGGAAGAUUAAAAAAUCUAAAUUCUAUCAUUAACAGUUUCAAAGUUAUCAUGGCUGCAUACCGAGGAGACCUGUCGUGUGUUGUAACAACUGCUAAGCCUUUGGAUUCAGCUGAACAACAGGAACUUAAAAAGACAUUGCAAGCAUUUACCAAAAAAGGAGAAACAAUUAAGUUAGAAUUAAAAGUUGAUGCUUCACUUAUUGGUGGAAUGAUUGUCAGCAUUGGUGAUAAAUAUGUUGAUAUGAGUGUUGCUACAAAAAUUAAGAAAUACACCGAAAUUAUCCAGGAUGCUGUUUAAAUUGAAAUACAAUGUUUAGUCAGAAUAAAAAA